ACUAGGAAACAGUCAAUCGGCUAAACAUCAACAUCCGGUUAUAAAGUGUAGUGGCUUUUGAUAUUUCGCUUACUUUAGACUCUACUAAAAGGCGGUUGAUGAAAGCACAGAGGUGGAUGAUGAAAUAUGUUGUUCUCUUAUGGAUUUCCAAUGUCAUGAAUUUAUGUGGGGGAUUUUUACGAGAAGAUUUUGGAAAUGUUUUACGACAGGAUGUUAAGUCAGUGUCACCAACAGAUUCUGAUGUAGAUGAAGUAAUAAAGUAUGCUCAACAGUAUACCAGAAAGCGAUAUCCUUGGAGUAUACCAAAUGAGAAAAUUGAUCCAGAGAUUACAAAUCUCAAUAAAAAGUUACUUAUAUAUUCACAUGACAAUAGAGCACCAUUGUAUUAUGAUGAUGAAGUCACAGACAGAUCUGGUGCCAUGUACGGUAUCACAAGAUUCAUCACCCUCGGAAAAAUCUAUGAUUUCAGUCUGACCUGGAAAGAGAACAUGAUAAAGUUUUGUCACAGCUUUACAUUGUCAGUAAGCCAGAAAGAUCAAAUCAAUAUAUAUGUCCAUACAUUUUAUCUACGUAGUCUCAAUAACUCAAAUCCAAACUCAGGUUUAGAACAUUACCUUUUUCCGAAAGUAGGGAGCAGCUAUUUUAAAUACUUUGCAAACAGCGAACACUCUGGACAAUAUUCCUUCUCCCAAGAAUUUUCACAUUUAAAAAUGCCGGAAGAAAAGUUCCAAGAAACAUUCUCCAAAACGUCAGGAGCUGGGCCAGAAGUGUUGGAAGAGAAGACAAUUUCUGUAGGCAAGGAUGGUUCUUUUAAACAUCUAAAAGUGAUGUCAUAUAAUAUAUGGCAUAUGAGCUCAAAAUCUACAAGAGUCGGUGGCUACACUGAGAGAAUGGCCAGGCUAAAACAGGCAAUAUUAAAAGCAGAUGCAGACGUGAUUGCGUUACAGGAGGUACGAUAUGAAGAGGUAAAAGGAGAGAACCUUGGUCCGUGUCAAAUACAUAUGUUGUCUGAGUGGCUACCACAAUAUCAGUAUGUGUUCCAACCGGCUCAAAUGCAAUUAAACACUCCAUACGAGGGAAGAACAGAAGAGGGUGUAGCUAUUAUGUCAAAAUAUCCAAUCUUGUCACACGACAGUCUCAUGUUAUUUAUAAAUCGCAGUAAUAGUGCUGACACACAUCAAAGGGUUUUAUUACAAGCGGAUAUUUUUGUCCCAUCUGUAGGAAUGGUUCAUAUUUUCAACACCCAUUUGUCAUUGAGUCACGAGGCUAGGGAGAAAUCUGUAGUACAGAUAUGGAAUCGUGUCAAUCAAGUGAAAGGACCAGCAAUAGUUUUUGGGGAUCUAAAUGCAGAACCACAUGAGCCUGCCAUGCAAUAUUUAAGGGGAAAAGCUGAGUUUCCAGGAACGGAGAGAUCAGGACUGAUUGAUGUGUGGUCAAAAAAACACCCAAAUGAUAAAGGGUUUACAUUUAACACACUUGAGAAGAAUCUCACUAAAAGGAUUGACUACAUAUUCUAUCGUGGUGAUGAUCAGUGUUGUGAAAUAGAAGACUGUUACAUUCCAGAUGAUGGUGGUAGAAGUUACAAUGCAGCAUCCGACCACCUACCUUUGAUGGCAGUUUUAUCAUUAAAGACAAAAACGUUAAAGCCAGAUGCCGAGCCAAGCUAGUCCGUAUACAUCUUAAAGAGAGAAGUUGGUCAGCUUAAAUGAACUGGUGCAGAUGACAUUCGAUUUUAUAGCUUGCAAAUGAUAACAUUGGGAUCAUAUGUUUCAUAUUUAGUGCAAUAAUAACUUAUAUACCAUGUAAAAUAAACAGGAUAAUUGUGUGUGUUCCCAUAAAAAAUAUUUACUUUUUUUAUGGAAAAUACUUUUUUCAUUCCAUUUUAUAAUGAAACAAGGAAUAAAGUGCUUGUAACAGCUA